GUUGCAGCGGUGCGGCUCCUCAGGAGGAGCAGCGUCCUCUAAAACGGCUCGAACACCCACUUCACCAGCCUCUUCAGCCGCCGGGGUGACCGGUCACUGCGCCAGUCUCUGGCUGAGAUGUCGCAGUGAUGCAGCAGCAGAAGAUAAAGGCUACAGCUGCUAUAAAAGAUCACUGGGUUUUCUCUCCAAAGAAGUGGACUGGGAGACUCUUUGGAUCCAGUUCCUGAGAUAUUGUUCAGGAAACUACAAGUGUCAACUGAAUCUCGUCUGCCAGGACUCUCAGCAACUGCUUUGGUGAUUGGAUGUCAGCAUGGACAACAUUGAUGACUCCUACAUUUGGCAGCGCCGUAUCCACCAUGGGAUUAGGUAUCAGAAAGUCGCCGUCCCUUUCCCAGAGUCGGUUGAAGUCGGUUUGGAGUUCAACGCGGCAUUAGAAAGGAAAGAAAAGUUAGAUCAGCGCCUGCUGACAAACGCUGUGAUGCUGGAGCUUUGUGACUUUGCCAAAACUGUAACUAAGUCUGAGAAGUAUUUCCUGUUCGAAAUGCUAGAUUUCAACUUUGACCUCGGUGUGGACGUGGACAAUGACAUGAUGUACUAUGAAUAUGUGACGCGUGUUCACAAUAAAAUAAAGCAGCUGAAAGAACAAAUCAAGAUGAAACCUCGCAGAUGGAAAGAAGCCUUUCCGCUACCAGAUCGAAACAUUAUGGCGUCCGUGUGUUCAGAGGAGCCCGGGCGGUAUUACCCCAAAAGAAACAAAAUCGCAGAUAGUUCAGUUCUCACCAAUGGAAGCAAGAGCAGCCACUCCUCAGAAAAUCAGACGCCUGAGAUUAACGGGGCAGCACGUAGCAAGUUCACUAUAAAGAAAAGAGGAGUCCGGCUCAAACGAACAGAUGAUGUUUACCCUUUCUGUAGAGAGCUGGGUGUGACUCUGACUGUUCGACCCAAUGAAGCACCCAAACAGAAACUAGACCCGAAUCUGGUGACCAACGGUGUGAUGCUGGAGCUGCUUGAUUUUUCCGGACUGCUUUGUGGAACACACACUCAGAUAGUUCAUGCCUUGGUCAAGCAAAAUUUUGGUCAUGAGCUGGACAAACUGCAGUUCCGCAUGCAGUUAAAUAAGCUGAUGGAGAGGAAAUACACCUGCCUAUCAGCCGAGGACAGAGACGCUUUCCGUAAAGAGCCUUAUAAAUUCCAGACAAAGAAACGGGAACAGAAAUGUAAAAAGAGACAAAACCCUGACACAGAUAACCAAGAACUAGAAAAGCAAACUGUGGUUAGUAAGAGAAGGGAAACGCUGAGACACAGGGACAGUGACGCCCAAGGAAUCUGUCCGGAUAGUGACCUGUCGUACAUGUGUCCAAUUGAUUUUGAGACAGAGAUGCAGUCAGCUGCUGAGUUCAGACCAGAAAAAAUUAAGGUUGAAAGUGGUUUGUCAGGAACAGCUGUAGAAAGAAAGCUGGCAGUGGCACUGGAUGUAAAGCAAGAAGAAGAGGAAGUCUUUGUCUCGCCACCUCAGACCAACGGCCUCAACUCUUCGAUGUUUAACUUUCAUCCAAAGGAUGAAGCUGUUUCAGAUCUGUUUUCUGAAGACAGGGACGAGAACAGAAACGUAAAAACACUGAAACAGAGGCUGUGGAUGAGGCGUGCUGCUCGCUCAAAACAAAUCCUGAAGUCCAGCAGAGUUAAUGACAUGUUUGCCCACUGCAGAGAGAUAGGCUUAGACUUUAACGUCAGUUCAGGCAACAAACAGAACUUGGAUCUACAGCUGCUCACCAACUGGGUGUUGUGGGAGGUUUUAAAAUUUGCAACUGCCAUGAGAAAGAGCUUACAAAGUUUCUUAUUUGCCAUUUUGGACAACAACUUCAACCUUUGCUUUCAAGACGAACUGCAUCAACGUAAUUUUAUAUUUUACAUCCUAACAAAAGAAAGGAUUCUUCAGAACCACCCUGCUAGACAGAAAGGUGAGUUUCUCAGCAGACCCUUUCAGUUCCCAGAAAUUUACAACACAGCUGAUGUGACCAGCUUUUGUCAAACUGAACAGGAGCUUGAAACAGAGCAGCAGACAAACUGGGAUUCUUCAUUAUCAGCUCUAAGCCGGCAGACAGAUGUGGAGCUUCACCCGUUCUGUAAAAAGUUGGGUCUCGAUCUUUGGUCGACAGAGGGACAUCUGGCCAGCCAGAAGCUUGAUUUGACCGUCCUGACCACAGGCGCCAUGCUGGAAAUAUUAGGCUUUGUCAGAGAGCUGUGCGGAGCGGUCCGUGACACGGUUAACGACGUCCUCGAGCACAAUUUCGACCUUGAUUUGCAAAGUGGUGCAACCAAGGCCUCACAGGUGAUCCAAAGAUGGUACGUGACGCAGAAAAGCUUGAUGAAAAAGCAAACCAUGUCAUCAAAGAGAAUCAGGUGGUUGAACAAGGUUGUCCCACUGUACGAUCAGUCACUACUCGGCCCACAGCCACCAACCAGCAACGGUCUGGAGGAUCUGGAUUCAGAGGACUUAAAUCUGGGCACAGGAAGGAGGGCUUUUAAUCAAAAUGUGCAACAGGUGAAAAAAGUCAACACCUAUCACAUCUGCAAGGAAAUAGGAUUGGACCUUGACGUGGGCUCAAAAUCAGAAGCCAAAACUAAACUGGAUUUACGAGUCCUGACGAGGGGAGUCCUCUUUGAGAUGCACCAGUACGUAGAACAAAACUGCAGUCGUUACGUUCCUGCCCUGUACGACAUUCUGGAUUACAAUUUUGAUUUGAGCUCUCAGAGUCAUCGGAAGGUGGAGUUUGCCUGGUCCAUAGCCUCUCAGGUGAUAGCCAUGGUGGGAAAAGAUGGGAGGAAGGGAGAUUAUCUGAACGCAGUGUUUGAGUUGCCCAUGGAGGUCUCCGAGUCCUCAGAGAUGGUCUGCAAAGAGGAGCCAGAGGACGGCUUCUGCGAGUCGGAGCUUGAUGAUGAUGAUGACAUCGUGUUUGUCCGAAAACUGAAGCCUGUUGACAUUGAGGUGGAGGUAGAAUAGAUAGAAUAGAUAGAGUCAUCGUGAUCGUAGUGACCGUAACAAGCAGUUUUUCAUUAUUUUUGACAUUUGAGAGACUAAGGAUUAACUGAAAGAAAUGAUGUGCAGAUUAAUCUGUAAUGAUAUUAUUUGUGAGCCGCAGCCUUAAUUUGAUGAAUCGUGUGUGUUUUUUGUCCAACCAGGAUUCUGAGACCUAAGGACUGAAAGAACAACAUGAAACAACAACAACAAAAAACAAAUCCGAUUUGAGAAUCUGCUUUUGGUCCACAUCUGUAGAUGUGUCUUUGUUCUGUUGAUGAAGCAGCUGAUUUGGGGUAAUUCUGUGGCUCAUACAUUAAUUUAUUUGAGUGGCUUCAGCAGUUUAACCACCAUCAUUUCCAGUGCAAUCCAACACACGUGUGAGGAUGUUUCUCUGCCUUUGAUGUAGUUUUUUUUUUUGUUUUUAUUCUUUU